ACUGUAGCUCCACUUGCUUAUUAUUUUUCUCUUUGCAUAUAAACAGUAAAUUCCUUCUAAACCCUUUCUCUGACCAGAUAGAACUGAGAGUAUCUGCAGAUUAAGCUAUUGCAUUGAGAGAAACACUAAAAGAUUCUGAAGAUUUGAGCUUUACAUGAUUUCUUAAGAGGAUUUUGCGUUGCGUGACUCUCCUCAGGUAAAUUAAUGGAAGUACAAAACCCUCCCAGGCAGAAUUGAAGUCUGACUUGCUUCGGGUGGUUGCUCGAUGUGCAAUUACUCUGAAAUAGUAAUGCCUCCUUUGUUAAUGCACAAAUGCCUUUUCUUGUAUGUUCUGUUUAUGUAUACAAGUACGCUUUGUUUUAGUUCAUGGCAAAAUGAUAAGGGUAUGGAGUUAGGGAAGACGCUGUUUCAGUUUGGUUUUAUUCGAAGUAAUGAUUCUAAAAGUAGUGCUUCUGCAUCUGCUGAAAUAUCAACUUUUGAAUCUUCCUCAAAAAGUUCUGUAUCUUGUGCGAAUCUGGGCGGUGUUGGAUCUUUUAAUACCACUUGCUUGCUGAACUCAGAUUUGUAUCUGAAUUCUGAUCUUUAUGUUUAUGGUACGGGAAAUCUUGAAAUACUUCCUGGUGUUUCCAUUAAGUGCCCUUUUGAAGGUUGCAUGAUAGUUUUCAAUUUGUCUGGAAAUGUUAAAGUCGGUCAAUCAGUGGAAGUUGUUGCUGGUUCUGUGAUUUUUUCUGCUGCCAAUUUGACAAUGGAAUGUAAUUCUUUUAUAAAUACAACAUCCUUGGGUGGUUUGCCACCAUCUCAAACUAGUGGCACACCAGUUGGUUAUGAUGGAGCUGGUGGAGGGCAUGGCGGUCGGGGUGCAUCCUGUUUGAAAGACAAUACGACUAGCUUUUGGGGUGGUGAUGUUUAUAGUUGGUCGACUUUGUCUGAGCCAUGGAGCUAUGGAAGUAAGGGAUCUAGUAAAUCUGCAGAAAAGCCAUUUGGAGGAAAUGGUGGUGGGCGAGUUAAGCUUCAAGUGAAGGAUAUGCUAUAUCUGAAUGGAUCUGUAGCUGCAGAAGGGGGUGAUGGAGGACUAACAGGAGGAGGUGGGUCUGGUGGAAGCAUCUUUAUACAUGCGGUAAAGAUGUGGUCUUAGUAUUGGUUGCCCUGGAAAUGCUGGAGCAGCUGGUACAUACUUCAAUGCAGAUUUACUUAGUUUAAGAGUUGGAAAUGACAAUAUCACGACAGAGACGGAGACUCCUUUACUUGAUUUCCCUACUACCCCUUUAUGGUCAAAUGUGUUUGUGGAGAAUAAUGCAAAAGUGUUGGUUCCUUUGCUUUGGACCAGAGUUCAGAGGUCAAAUCGGUCUAUAUCGUGGAGGUAGCAUUGUGUUUGGGUUGUCUGAUUAUCCUGUAUCUGAAUUUGAGCUUGUUGCCGAAGAGCUUUUGAUGAGUGAUUCCAUUAUAAAGGUUUUUGGUGCAUUUAGGGUUGGCACCAAAAUGUUACUCAUGUGGAACUCAAAGAUUCAAAUUGAUGGUGGUGGAAAUACUGUUGUUACUUCGUCUGUCUUUGAAGUUAGGAAUCUUGUUGUUCUUAGGGAAAACUCUGUUAUUUGUUCAAAUGCAAACUUGGGUGUAUAUGGUCAAGGGCUUCUGAAGUUGAGCGGUUAUGGUGAUGCAAUUAAAGGCCAACGGUUGUCCUUAUCUCUGUUUUAUAAUGUGACGGUGGGACCAGGUUCUAUACUUCAAGCUCCCCUGGAUGAUGAUAUGGGCAGAGAUGUAGUCACACAAUCCCUUUGUGAGAGUCAGACAUGUCCAAUAGAUUUAAUAACUCCUCCAGAUGAUUGCCAUGUCAAUUAUACACUAUCCUUCUCACUUCAGGUAAAGGAUGGUGCUUCAGUAUGA